ACUAGUGUCUUAUUUUGGUUAAGUUGAAAAUUGAAGAAUGUGGGUUUGUUGUUUCCGAACAGAAAGGGUAAAGAAUGUAGUGAUUAUGUAUAUAUCUUUUGGUAAGUGUCUUACUCAAAAUCAUAACUGGUUGACCUAAUUUUGAUUAUCGACUAUACAUGAACACAUCGACUUCAUUUAUUGUUUAACAUUUCAUUUGAUUAAAGAAAAAUACGCACGUAAUUUUAUUUUUCUUUAAGAAGUUGAUUGAAAUCGUUUUUUACCCUUUGUAAUCACCGAUUAUAUCACUAUAAAAAGGGAAACUUAAAACCAAAGAAGAAUAUUUAGAGUGUCGUAUCUCUUCCUGUCGACUUCGACAUUAACAAUCUUUUAGGUGAAGAAGAGUCGAUGAUUAAUCGACGUUUCAUCUCAGCAACUUUGACUCACAAACGAUAAUGUAUUGUUUUUCAAUGAAUUUGCUCCUUUUUCUUCAAUGUGUUUGCUUCUGAUUCUUGGAUUCCUACGGUGAUCUCGGAAACGAGAAAAUGGGUUUUAUUAUGUUAAAAUCUAAGAUAUUUUUAAAAGAUAUAAAAUCACCGAUAAUUUGGGGAGAGUAUACAGGGAUUGCUUUAUUUAAUUGAAGAUUACGUAACUUCCUAAAAUACAUUUUCUGGGAUUUUUAUACCAUUUUCUAAUUUUAUUUCAUUUUUAAUUAACCCGAAAAUAGCCUAUUUAUCAGCCGUAGAUCUUGAAUUUUCAAUGGUCCAUAGAUCUUAACUGUAAUGGUUUCUUAAACAUGUUAACAGUAGCGCCGGAGAUUGGGUAAAUCGUGGUAUAUAUUUUGGUUGCGAUGCCUUCAAAGAUGAUACAUUAAACGGUUAGAAAACACGGUCAGGGGAAAUAGCAGCAAAAGUAAAUGCCGAAGUCAGUUAGUUGUUUGAAGGCGAAGCCCAGAAAGAAGCGCAUCAGUCGUAAGAACAUGGCUAUGAACCACGUUAUAGAUGUAGAUAAAAUUAUAGAUGUAGAAGAAGAUUCAUACUUCUCAGAUCUGCAUGCAAACGUGGAUGACCAGGAACUACAACUUCAAGAGGCCCUAAUAUCUUCAGCAUCCAAAAGUAAUGCAUCAUCAUCAUCAUCAUCAUCAUCAUCAAUUCCUGCAACUUCCCCACCUCCAAAUAAAUUAAAGAGGAAGCAGCCAAUGGUGAAAGCUGAAGAAGCCACAUUACACGAGCGCAUUUGUGGCAUUUGCAUGGACACAAAAGCUCUACCAGAAAUCUUUUCAAAUGCAAAGGUCUGCGGUCAUCUGUUCUGCUCUGAUUGCAUAAGCCAAUAUGUAUCUGUGAAGAUUAAAGAAAACAUCGCGAAGGUGAAGUGUCCUGACCCAACGUGCGAAGGGAUAAUAGGACCUGAAGUUUGUCGAGAUAUAGUGCCAAAAGAAGUUCUUGAAAGAUGGGAGGAUGCUUUAUGCGAGUCUAUGAUCCUGGCUACUCAGAAAUUCUACUGCCCGUUUAAAGAUUGUUCAGCCAUGUUGGUGGAUGAUAGCGGAGAAACUGUGACAUCUUCUGAAUGCCCAAACUGCAACAGAUUGUUCUGUGCGCAGUGUAAGGUGGCAUGGCAUUCAGGGAUGGAUUGCAAAGAGUUUAAGAGCCUAAAGAAGGAUGAGAGAAAUCCAGAGGAUCUAAUGUUGAUGCAGCUUGCCAAGAACAAAAAAUGGAAGAGAUGCCCAGGCUGCAACUUUUAUGUGGAAAAACAAAUCGGUUGUCAUCGCAUUUCUUGCAGAUGUGGCAAUCAUUUUUGUUAUGGAUGUGGAAAGAAGCACGUUGGAAGCUAUGCUUGUAAUAUUUGAUUUGCGCGUGGAAUUUGUGAUUUAUUUCUCAUUUUAAACCAUAACUAAACUGAUAUACAUUCUAUUUGCACAUUCUUGCUUUUUAAUUUUAACCAUAUUGCAUCUACGAAGCACAAA